AUGAGAUUCCCUGCUCUUUUCAUCAACCAUGGUGGUGGCCCUUUGCCACUGUUGGGGCGACAGCCUGAAUUGACCAGGCACAUGAAGGAAGUUGCCAAAAUGUAUCUUCCGGACAGAGAACCGAAGGCAAUCGUGGUACUUUCUGCUCACUAUGAAUCCAAGAACGAUGAGGUGGAAGUCACCAGUGCCUCAAAUCCAUCCAUGCUCUUUGAUUAUUACGGUUUUCCGCCCGAGACUUACGAGUAUGAUUACCCUGCACCUGGUUCACCAGAACUCGCUAAGAGAAUUCAAGCAAUGCUUCAAUCGAAUGACAUCACGUCGAAAUUGAAUCCAACAAGAGGAUUCGAUCAUGGCGUAUUUAUUCCAUUAAUGCUCAUGUAUCCGCAAGCCAACAUUCCUGUGGUCUGUGUCUCAUUGCACCAAUCACUUGACAUACAGACCCAUCUAAAUAUUGGCUCGGCUCUGGCACCGUUGCUAGAUGAUGACAUUUUGCUCUUGGGUAGUGGAUAUACGUUCCACAAUAUGCAAGCAUUCUUUGGUCCGACACAAGAGACAGUCGCCUCGUCAAUACAGUUCAACGAGUGGAUCAAGGAUGUCCUUUUGAAUACAAAGGACUCUUCUGAAAUCUUGGAAAAGCUCACACAAUGGAAGGAAGCACCUGGAGGUCGUAUAUGCCAUCCUAGGGAGGAACACUUGCUGCCACUGUUCAUGGUGGCAGCUGCUGGUGCCAAGAGCAAUACAACUGCGCAACUGAUCUAUGACACGAUACCAAAAGAAGAAGAUCAAUUCUUGGGAGCGACCGACCAUGCCGUGACAGGAUAUUUGUUUGCUUAG